AAAGCGAUUCGUGUGAUUACGGACUAUCACAAUCAGUUAGUCGUCCGAUCCCUCAAGCACAAUGAGUUCAUAUCUUGCAGUUCUGUUGGUGGUUCUUCCGCUAGUGUUCGCUGACGUAGUUCCCGUCAAGGAAUGUAAGGCCGGAUCUUUGCCGCUAUCCGUGGACGUCCACGGUUGCAAGCAGGUUCCGUGUGAGCUGAAACGAGGCGAGGACGCGGUGGCCUUUGUGGACUUCAGUGUCAGCGAUGAGGUGGCCAAGCUGAAGCCCGUGGUCUACGCUACGGCUUUGGGACUGACGAUACCGUUCGAGAUGCCUUCGGAUCGGCAGGAUGCCUGUGAGUGGCUGGACGGCUCCAAGUGUCCGCUGUCAGCCGGUGAGGACGUGCGGUAUCAGCUGAGGCUGCCGGUGGAGAAGAGCUAUCCGCCAAUCGCGGUGGAAGUCGAGUUGCGGCUGGUGGAUCAGGACGAACAGAUUGUGAGCUGUUUCAGUGUGCAAGGGAAGGUGGUGUAGAAGUGUGUUAGAGUGGUUGGAAAUAGGUUAUUAGUAAGUGAAUGGAAAGUUUUGUAAUAAAUCAUCAGU